UCACUUCCUGCUUUUAACCCGCGGUGUUCGGAGGGAGGAGCCGAGCCGAGUCGAGCGGAGUGAGAGCAGCUCCGGAGAAGGUCCGACCUGCAGGACGGUCCCGGUCCCGUUUCUGCCUCCUGCUGAGAGCCCGUCCGGAUCCGCCCGGCGGGUCCCUGAACGCACCACCUGAAUGUGACAGGAGUCGGGCUGAACUUUGAGCGGCUCUCUGACGCCCUGAGGCCGGGGAGGGAGCCUCCUGUCCGGCCGCCGCUGCACCGACGCCCCGCUGAGCAGCUCCGGGACCGGCAGCAUGUCGGACUCCGCGUCCAGCUUCCUGCACAUCGGAGACAUCGUGUCUCUGUACGCCGAGGGGUCCGUGAACGGAUUCAUCAGCACCCUGGGGUUGGUGGAUGACAGAUGUGUGGUGGAACCAGCUGCUGGGGAUCUGGAGAAUCCUCCAAAGAAGUUCAGAGACUGCCUGUUCAAGGUCUGUCCGAUGAGCCGCUACUCGGCCCAGAAACAGUUCUGGAAAGCCAAACAAGCCAAACAUGAGAAGGACAAGAUCGCUGACGUGGUUCUGCUGCAGAAACUGCAGCAUGCGUCCAACCUGGAGCAGAAGCAGAACGAAACCGAAAACAAGAAGGUCCAUGGAGAUGUCGUCAAAUAUGGAACCGUCAUACAGCUGCUGCACAUGAAGAGUAAUAAAUAUCUGACGGUGAACAAACGUCUGCCGGCGCUGCUGGAGAAGAACGCCAUGAGAGUAACUCUGGACGGGACGGGGAACGAAGGAUCCUGGCUUUUUAUCCAACCCUUCUGGAAGCUACGAGCCAACGGCGACAACGUGGUGGUUGGAGAUAAAGUGAUCCUGAACCCAGUAAACGCCGGACAACCGCUGCACGCCUCCAGCUACGAACUCACCGACCAUCCAGGAUGUAAAGAGGUGAACUCUGUGAACUGCAACACCAGCUGGAAGAUCAACCUGUUCAUGAUGUUCAGCGACCACCGGGAGGAAGUCCUCAAAGGAGGCGACGUUGUGCGUUUGUUUCACGCCGAGCAGGAGAAAUUUCUGACCUGCGACGAGUAUAAAAGCAAACUGCACGUUUUCCUCCGAACCACCCUGAGACAGUCGGCAACAUCAGCCACCAGCAGCAACGCUCUGUGGGAGGUGGAGGUCGUCCAUCAUGACCCGUGUCGUGGGGGGGCGGGGCAUUGGAACAGUCUCUACCGCUUCAAACACCUGGCGACAGGGAACUACCUGGCUGCUGAGGAGAACCCGGGUUAUAAAGGAGACAACGCAGAGCUGACAUCAUCAAUGGAUGGUAGUCGUAGCAACAAGCGUUCCCACGGUGAGAGGAUCAAGUAUAAGCUGGUGGCGGUUCCUCACGGCAACGACAUUGCUUCUCUGUUUGAACUCGACCCGACGACGCUGCAGAAAACCGACUCCUUCGUUCCGCGGAACUCGUACGUUCGACUGCGACAUCUCUGUACCAACACCUGGAUCCAGAGCACCAAUGUUCCCAUCGACAUCGACGAGGAGCGACCCAUCAGACUGAUGUUGGGGACGUGUCCAACCAAAGAGGACAAGGAGGCGUUCGCCAUCGUCUCGGUUCCAGUGAUGGAGAUCAGAGACCUGGACUUCGCUAACGAUGCUAGCGCCAUGCUAAGCACGGUGGUGGACCAGUUCAGUCAGGGCUUCAUCAGCCAGAACGACAGAAGAUUCGCCAUCAAGCUGCUGGAGGACGUUGUGUUCUUCGUGGCCGACGUCAUCAACAGCGGCCAGUCGGUUCUGGACGUCAUCAUGACGAAGGCAAACCGAGAGAGACAGAAGCUGAUGAGGGAACAGAACAUCCUCAAACAGAUCUUCGGCAUCCUGAAGACCCCCUUUAAGGACCGAGGAGGAGGUGAAGGUCCUCUGCUGCGUCUGGAGGAACUGGCCGACCAGAAGAACUCUCCAUACCAGUACAUGUUCAGACUCUGCUACAGAGUCCUGAGACACUCCCAGGAGGACUACCGCAAGAACCAGGAGCACAUUGCCAAGCAGUUCGGCGUCAUGCAGAGUCAGAUCGGAUACGACAUCCUGGCUGAAGACACCAUCACCGCUCUGCUGCACAACAACCGCAAGCUGCUGGAGAAACACAUCACCAAGACCGAGGUGGAGACCUUCGUCAGCCUGGUCCGCAAGAACCGAGAGCCCAGGUUUCUGGACUACCUGUCGGACCUCUGCGUGUCCAACAACGUGGCCAUCCCCGUCACCCAGGAGCUCAUCUGUAAAUGUGUCCUGGACCCCAAGAACCAGGACAUCCUCAUCAAGACAGAACGUCGCUUGCCGAGAGAGUCGCCCCCUGGUGGUGUUCAAGGAGAAUACAUGGGGAUGGACGACUUUGGGGAAGAGGAUGAGGUGUGGCUGGUGUGGACCGAUAAGACCAAUGAGAAGCAGGAGAAGAGCAUCAGACAGCUGGCUCAGGAGGCCAGACAAGGCAACGCUCAUGAUGAGAACGUCCUCACCUAUUACAGGUACCAGCUGAAGCUGUUUGCCCGGAUGUGUUUGGACCGGCAGUACCUGGCCAUCGAUGAGAUCUCCAAGCAGCUGGACGUGGAGCUUAUCUUCCUGUGCAUGAUGGACGAGAUGCUGCCCUUCGACCUCCGGGCGUCUUUCUGCCGCCUCAUGCUUCACGCCCAUGUAGACCGAGACCCUCAGGAACUGGUGACCCCCGUCAAGUUCGCCCGCCUCUGGACCGAGAUCCCCACCUCCAUCACCAUCAAAGAUUAUGACUCCAACAUGGACGACAGCAGAGACAACAAGAAGAACCGAUUCUCCAACACCAUGGCCUUCAUGGAGGAGUAUCUCAACAACGUCCUGCAUGACGAGGUGCCAUUCCACAAUGAGGAGAAGAACAAGCUAACGUACGAGGUGGUGAGUUUGGCCAGACAUCUCAUCUACUUUGGUUUCUACAGCUUCUUCGAGCUGCUUAGACUCACCAGGACUCUGCUGGGCAUCAUCGACUGCCGACCGAACCCAGGACACGCCGCGUUCAUGUUCCACGAUGACACGUCAGGGAAGAACGUGAAGCGCUCCAUACAUGGGAUGGGUCAGAUGAUGUCCACCAUGGUCCUCAACAGGAAACAGUCCAUAUUUGGAGGUGCAGGGGCCAGAGGGGCAGGGAUGGGGGCAGGGCUUGUGCUUGACGGACAGCGAGGCAGUAAAGAUUGCAUUGACAAAAUGGACCUGACAGUGAUGGACACCAAGCUGAAGAUCCUGGAGAUAUUACAGUUCAUCCUGAACGUUCGUCUGGACUACCGCCUCUCCUUCCUGCUGUCCGUCUUCAAGAAGGAGUUUGUGGACGUUUAUCCGAUGGCUGAUGCUGAUGCCACCACCAACAUGGAACAAGCAGCCACCAUCAACCUGCAGCACAUUGGAGAGCAGGCGGAGGCCAUGUUUGGAGUUGGUAAAGGGAACAGCAUCCUGGAGGUGGACGAUGAAGGCGGUCGUAUGUUCCUGCGGGUUCUGAUCCACCUCACGAUGCACGACUACGCUCCUCUGGUGUCCGGAGCCCUGCAGCUGCUCUUCAGACACUUCAGCCAGAGACAGGAAGUCCUGCACACCUUCAAACAGGUCCAGCUGCUGAUCUCGGCUCAGGAUGUAGAAAACUACAAACUGAUCAAGGCGGAUCUGGAUCGCCUCAGAACGCUGGUGGAGAAAUCUGAACUGUGGGUGGAGAAGAAGAGUUCUGGUGGAGGAGAUGGGAAGAAGGACAAGAAAGACAAGAAGGAGAAAGGAGAGGGGGCGUCAGAGGAGGCAACGCCCAAGAAGGAGAAGCUGGAGAAGGGUAACGAGAACUACCAGAAGGUCAAAGAGAUCCUGGAGAGGCUCAAUAAGAUGUGCAGCAGCGGAGUCUGGAAGAAGCAGCAGAGGCUGUUGAAGAACAUGGGCGCUCAUAAGGUGAUGCUGGACCUGCUGCAGGUGUCCUACGACCAGAACGACGUGAAGAUGCAGGAGAUCAUCAGGUACACUCACCUGUUCCUGCAGAAGUUCUGUAUGGGGAACCAGGAGAACCAGACACUGCUGCACAAGAACCUCAACCUGUUCCUCAACCCCGGGCUCCUGGAGGCGGAAACCGUCCAGCAUAUCUUCAGUAAUAACUACCAGCUGUGCAGUGAGAUCUCUGAGAGCGUCCUGCAGCACUUCAUCCACUGCCUGGCCACCCACGGCCGCCACGUCCAGUACCUCAACUUCCUCCACACCAUCAUCAAGGCCGAGGGGAAGUACGUCAAGAAGUGUCAGGACAUGAUCAUGACCGAGCUAACAAACGCCGGUGAGGACGUGGUCGUCUUCUACAAUGACAAGACUUCCUUCAACUCCAUGCUGGGGCUGAUGGCGGAGAGCAGGGAGGGCGUCGGCGAGAACAGUCCACUCAGGUACCACAUCUCUCUGGUGGAGCUGCUGGCUGCCUGUGCAGAAGGAAAGAACGUCUACACGGAGAUCAAAUGUACAUCACUGCUGCCUCUGGAGGACGUGGUCCGAGUGGUGACCCAUGAGGACUGCAUCACCGAGGUGAAGAUCGCCUACGUGAACUUUGUGAAUCACUGUUACGUCGACACCGAAGUGGAGAUGAAGGAAAUCUACACGUCCAACCACAUCUGGAAGCUGUUUGAGGACUUCACAGUGGACAUGGCUCGCGUUUGUAAUAAACGUGAAAAACGUCUUUCUGAUCCAGUUCUGGAGAAAUACAUCAUCAACGUGGUGUUCGACACCAUCAACGCCUUCUUCAGCUCUCCAUUCUCCGAAAACAGCACGUCUCUGCAGACCCACCACACCAUCGUCACCCAGCUGCUCCAGUCCUCUGUCAGACUCCUGGACUGUCCAUGGCUCCAGCAGCAGCACCGAGGUCAGGUGGAGGCCUGCAUCAGGACGCUGGCGCUGACAGCUAAGAGUCGCUCCAUUUCUCUUCCUCUGGACCUGGAGGCUCAGAUCGGUUCCAUGCUGUCCAGCUCGGCUCUCAGCUCUUUGUCUCGAUCGAACCCCAACUACAAAUCCUCGUCCCGUUCAUCCCGGCCUACAGCUCCCAGCAACCCCUGGGACUACAAGAACAUCAUCGAGAAGCUGCAGGACAUCAUCAACACUCUGGAGGAACGUCUGAAGCCGCUGGUGGACGCCGAGCUGUCAGUUCUGGUGGACGUUCUCCACCAGCCGGAGCUCCUGUUCCUGGAGGGGACGGACGCUCGGCAGCGCUGCGAGUCUGGAGGCUUCAUCUCCAAGUUGAUCCAACACACCAAAGCUCUGAUGUCCUCAGAGGAGAAGCUGUGCAUCAAAGUUCUGAGGACGCUGCAGGAGAUGCUGAUCAGGACGCUGGACUUCGACGACAAGGGAAUCUCACUGAGGAAGGUUCUACUGCAGAACUACCUGUUUCCAAACAGGAAGAACAACCCCAAGAAUGACCUGGCUGAACUGGGAGCUGCAGGCGGGGAACAGGAACGUGAUUGGACGGCGGUGGCGGCGGUUCAAUGCCGUCUGGACCGAGAAGGAGGAACGAAGCUGUUCACUGAUCUGGUGAUGAGCACCAAGAACGACAAGAUCUUCCAGGAGAGCAUCCAACUGGCCAUCUGUCUGCUGGAGGGAGGCAACACCGAGAUCCAGAACUCCUUCUACAAACUGAUGAUGGGCGACAACAAGUCGGAGAAGUUCUUCAAAGUUCUCCAUGACCGGAUGAAAGAAGCUCAGACAGACAUCAAAGCUACAGUUUCUGUGAAUGUUGGAGAGAUGACGCACAAAGCCAAUGAGAAGGAGCUGGAGAACGGAGGCUCUACAACGCUGGUACUUCCUGGUUCAGGAGGUCACCCCUUAUUGGUCCAGGGUCAGUCCAUCGCCCCGGUAACCGGUGCCUCCGCCCUGCCGACUCAGCCAGUCGUAGAGCAGCGAGAGGUGGAGACGGAGAUGGGACCAGCGGUGAUCAUCAUGAAGCCUAUUCUGAGGUUCCUGCAGCUGCUCUGUGAGAACCACAACCAGGACCUGCAGAACUUCCUGCGUUGUCAGAACAAUAAGACCAACUACAACCUGGUCUGUGAGACGCUCCAGUUCCUGGACAUCAUGUGUGGUUCCACCACCGGAGGUCUGGGUCUGCUGGGCCUCUACAUCAACGAGUCCAACGUCCACCUCAUCACCCAGACCCUGGAGACCCUCACCGAGUACUGCCAGGGGCCCUGCCAGGAGAACCAGACGUGCAUCGUGACCCACGAGUCCAACGGCAUCGACAUCAUCACCGCUCUGAUCCUGAACGACAUCAGUCCUCUGUGUCGCUACCAGAUGGAGAUGGUUCUGCAGCUGAAGGACAACGCCUCCAAGCUGCUGCUGGCCCUGAUGGAGAGUCGCCAUGACAGCGAGAACGCCGAGCGAAUCCUGUUCAACCUGCGGCCGCGAGAGCUGGUGGAGGUCAUCAAGAAGGCCUACCAGCAGGAGAACGAGUGUGAGGACGCAGAGGUGUCUCCACGGGAGGUCGGACACAACAUCUACAUCUUGGCUCAGCAGCUGGCGAGACACAACAAAGUCCUGCAGAACCUUCUGAAGGCCACCAAGAAGAGCAAAGAAGGAGAAGAAGGCAUCUCCUCCAUGCUGAACCUGAACAACCGUCCUUUGUCCCAGAUGUUGAAGUCUUCAGCUCCAGCUGCUGUGGUGGAACAGGAUCCUCUGGAGUUCUACGACCAGCUCACGUCCCAGAUAGAGAUUGUCCGUGAGGACCGCAGCAUGGAGCAGAUCGUCUUCCCGGUUCAUCCCAUCUGUGAGUUUCUGACUGAAGAGUCCAAGUUCAGAGUCUUCAACACCACCGAGCAGGACGAGCAAGGAUCCAAGGUGACCCACUUCUUCGAGCAGACGUCCUUUCUCCACGGGGAGAUGGAGUGGCAGAAGAAGCUGAGGAGUAUGCCGGUGCUGUACUGGUUCUCCAGGAGGAUGACUCUGUGGGGAACCAUCUCCUUCAACCUGGCCGUCUUCAUCAACCUCAUCAUCGCCUUCUUCUACCCCUACGACUCCGGACAAGCAGGAGCAAUCGACGACUCGCUGCUGCUGAUGCUGUUCUGGAUCCUCACCGGACUCUCCGUCUUGGCGUUGUUCUCGCAGCGUUACGGCCUCCAGCCGCUCACCCUGGCCCUGAUCCUCAGGUCCAUCUACCACCUGGGCAUCGGCAACACCCUCAUCCUGCUGGGAUCGCUCAACCUCAUCAAUAAGGUGGUGUUUGUUGUGAGCUUUGUGGGGAACAACGGGACCUUCAUCAUGGGCUACAAGGCCAUGGUGAUGGACGUGGAGUUCCUGUACCACCUGGCGUACGUCCUCACCUCCACGCUGGGCCUCUUCGUCCACGAGCUCUUCUACAGCAUUCUGCUGUUCGACCUGAUCUACCGGGAGGAGACUCUGUUCAACGUGAUAAAGAGCGUGACUCGUAACGGCCGGUCCAUCCUGCUGACGGCGCUGCUUGCCCUCAUCCUCGUCUACCUCUUCUCCAUCGUGGGCUUCCUGUGCCUGAAGGAGGACUUCAUCAUGGAGGUCGACCCGCUGCUGCAGAUCGCUUCAGAUGUUCCACAGAGCGAAGCCUCUCAGGAUUUCCUGGAGUCGUGUUCUGCAGAUGGCGUGAGCUGCACCGUGGAGGCCGAGGCCAUCACUGCCACCGAAGAGGAAGAUGAAGCUAACUCAGAGCGAGCCUGCGACACUCUCUUAAUGUGCAUCGUCACCGUGUUAAAUCACGGACUGAGGAACGGAGGAGGAGUUGGCGACGUUCUCCGGAAACCGUCCAAGAACGAGCCGCUAUUUCCUGCCCGGGUGGUGUACGACCUGCUCUUCUACUUCAUCGUCAUCAUCAUCGUCCUCAACCUGAUCUUUGGAGUCAUCAUCGACACAUUCGCCGACCUGAGGAGCGAGAAGCAGAAGAAGGAGGAGGUCCUGAAGACGACGUGCUUCAUCUGCGGUCUGGAGAGAGAUAAGUUCGACAACAAGACAGUGUCGUUUGAGGAGCACAUCAAGCUGGAGCACAACAUCUGGAACUACCUGUACUUCAUCGUUCUGGUGCGUGAGAAGAACAAGACGGACUACACGGGACCGGAGAGCUACGUAGCCCACAUGAUCAAGAACAACAACCUGGACUGGUUUCCGCGGAUGCAGGCAAUGUCGCUGGUGGUAACUGACGGCGACGGGGAGCAGAAUGAGAUGAGAAUGUUGCAGGACAAGCUGGUGUCGACCAUGAAGGUGGUGACGACUCUGACCACCCAGCUGACGGAGCUAAAGGAACAGAUGACGGAACAGAGGAAGAGGAGGCAGAGGAUGGGCUUCGUGGACGUUCAGGCCGGAGCUACUGGAGCUCUGCCUCCCAGCGCAGCCGGAGGAAACCACCAGAUCUACAAGACCUGACCCAACAUCUGCAGACCAUCCAGCUGGACGGAUGGACCAGAGGAACACUAGAACACAGCUGGAGGAACAUUGUAGGAACAUCAGCACUUAGAACCUGAAGCUUCAUCCACGCUUCAGGAGUUUAGACCAAGUUUACCCACAAUCUGCUGUCAGUUUUCUCUGGAAUCCUUCAUGAACUCCUUCCUGCAGCCGUUCUAACCCCAACCUGCUCUAGACGUUUCAUUUAAUACACUGAAACUUUAAUAAGUUCUCCUUUAAUGAACACAGAACCAGAAUUAGUGACAUCAGCUGAGGAGGACUCAAUGUGUCUAACUACAAAACAACAAAAACAAGAUACAAAACGACAAAAACGAGACACAAAAUGACAAAAAUUAGACACAAAACAACCAAAAUUAGACAGAAAAUGACAAAAAUUAGACAAAAAAACAAAAAUUAGACACAAAGUAACAAAAAAUUGACAAAACAACAAAAAUUAGACACAAGACAACAAAAAUUAAACACAAAACAACAAAAUUUAGACAAAACAAAAAUUACACAACACAACAAAAAUUAGACACAAUGACAAAAACAAGAUGCAAAACGACAAAAAUUAAACACAAAAUGACAAAAACAAGACAAAACGACAAAAAUUAACCCUUUGAUGCAUAACCUGGGUCAAAAGUGACCCAAAUCCAAUGGAAAAUGGGUAUCUCCUGAUGUGGUCUACGCAUCAAAGGGUUACACACAAAAUGACAAAAAUGAGACACAAAACGACACAAAACACAUGAUUAGUGGCAUCAGCUGAUGGGAACUCAGAAAGUUUAACUGCAAUGAGUCCAACUAACGCUAAGGUUCCUCACAUCUGCACCAGAGUCCAGAGGUUUUAAAGCUCCUUUAAUUCAUUACAAAACUACAAAUGUCUAAUUUCUCAGAUUUUUAGUUCAUGAUCUGCUGUUAAUUUGAGGUUUCUUCCUGUUAAAAGGAGUUUCUUCUUCCUCUGAGGGUUCAGGUCUGAGGGGUUCUGUCAGGCGUCUUGAUUGGAGCUAAAGAAAUAAAACUGAACUGAACUGAAAGUCAGAGAGCUGCAGGCUUUAGUUAGACGUGGAGACCAGCUGUAGACGAGGCGUCCAGCCAGCGGGGGGCGCUGCAGGAUGGAACCAAUGUGAAGGUUCAUGAUUCUAGAAGCUUCUCAUCAGAUUCUGCAGCAACAAAUAAUCAUUUCUGAAUACUUUUCUCUGAAAGGAAGCAUCAAGCAGCACCAUUAAAGCAGCACCAUUACAGCCCCAAAAUGUAAAAAUUAGAUGUACAUUGUUUAAUUUGUGGUUUUAUAAAAACCACAUCUAGAGAUGCAGCUGAAGGAUUCUAAACCUCCUCUGACUAGAAUUCAGUUUCACCUUCAGAUAAACUAAAUGUGUAAAAGUGAUUUAAUCUGUAAAUAAAAGCAGAAAUCUUCCA